UAAAAUUUGUAAAAUAUUGUCUCCUUCGCAGCCCACAGGAAACACACAGAGCACCGUGACAACGAAAAACAAAACCACCGUGGGCCGUGGCAGCCACGAAACACCACACAACUAACCAACCAAAAUAGAGGUCCCUCAUACACCUGCGUCAGCGUACAUUCCUCGCAUCCCUUUUCGUCAUUUCAUUUUCCUCUUUCUCUCUUUCUCUAUCUCUGAUUCCACUGUCAUGAAGAUUCAUGUCAUGUAAAAAUGUAACCCCUAACAAUAAAACCAAACUAUUCAAAACUUUUCUUCUUCGCAACUCGCUCCAAUGGCUCACCACCAACUCAUCGACUCGCUUACCUCUCACAUCUCCCUCUACCACUCCCAUUCCCAAUCCCAAUCCUCAAACCCUAACCCUAACCCUAGAUCCCAAAUUCUCAAAUGGUUUUCAUCCCUCUCCCUCCAACACCGUCAAUCCGCACUCACCAUCGUCGAUCCAACCUUCGUCCAAACUCUCCUCCGCAUGAUAUCCAAGCUCCGAUCCAACGGCCAUGGCUCCUUCAUUGUUCUUCCUGACCUUCCCUCCACUCACCCUCCAUUCCUCCCCACUCUCUGCUUCAAGCGCUCCCGUGGCCUCCUUGCACGCGCUGCCGACUCCGCCGACUCGGCCGUGGCCGGGCGGGUUCUUUUUGACUCCGCCCGGCUGUUCGAGUCGGCCGAGGGAAAUGAAGGCGCUGGAGCGUGCUCCUGUUCGGCGGCUUGCCUCGACGCCUUUACCGUUGCUGAGAAUUUGGUGGAUGACAUUGACCGGUUUGUGGACGUUAUGGACCGAAUUUCGAAUGGCGGGUUCUUGAGAGGGGAGGAGAAUGAGAUUGGGAAUAAUUGGGUUGAGCUGAAUUGGCUAAAGGCAAUGGGGUAUUAUCGGAUUGAGGCGUUUUUGGCGAAUAGGAUUGAGGUUGCGAUGCGGCUGGCGUGGUUGAAUAGUGGGGGAGGAGGUGGAGGGGGAGGAGGGAGGAAGAGAGGUGUUAAGUUGAAGGAGAAGAUGAAUUUGGCCGGAGUCUCAGCGAAUGUGUUUUGGAGGAAGAAGGGAUGUGUGGAUUGGUGGAGUAAUCUGGAUGCUGUGACAAGGAAGAGGGCCUUAACAACAAUUUUGAGCAGAGCUGCAAAACCUUUGACUCGUGAAAUUUUGGAAGUGGCACAUAAUGCCUCUCAGGAUGAGAUUUGGCUAUACAGUGUGGGAGUUGAUAAAUUUCUUCAAUAUAACCGUACUGCAUCUGCUCAAAGGACCACCACAGCAUUUCCCAAUGAUGUAGAAUUUGGAACAGUUGUUACACCAUUAGCUUUUUGUAACAAACCUUCCGCUUUAGCCAGAGCCCUUAAUUCUUUGCUCGUGCUUCUAGAUGUUAAUAUGGUGAUAACAUCAGUUCUUAAUAUUGACUACGAUAUAGGAGAGCUAUUCUUUAGUUCAUUGGAUUCUGUGUGUACUGUUUCUGAUUGUAUAUUGCGAAAAAUACGAGGACUCCUAAUGGUUAUAUCACUGGACUGCACAAAAUUUGAACUUCUAUCAGAGGAGCUUGAUAAAUCUUCAUCAGGAAGGUCUAAGGAAAAGCCUAGUGCGUCUAAUCGUAAAAAGAAGGGACGAACCCGCAACACUAAGAAGCAAAAUCAUGUCCCUUACACAUGUGUGAAUGGUAUUUCACGUGAAAAGCCACAAAAGGACAUUGAUUGUUUAGUGGAUAAUGAAAAGAAGGCUGAUUUAGUGGGAUCCAAGGAACCUCCUAAUGAUCAUCUUGGAAAGGAGAUUUCUACUGGGAGCAUAUCGUCAACUGCAAAAAAGCAGGAUCAUACUCGGCGGUUGGACGCUAACAAACUUCGAACUAAUUCAAGAAAAAGUAGGAAAGAGAAAAAUAAAUGUAAAAACACAACCACUGGCCGUGAAGCUAGCAAUUUUCAAAAGUCCAUUAUAGAUGCUGCCUCUACUACUGUUAUUUCUGAAGAUGAGGUGGGAAUAUGUGAUAUGGUUUUUGAUAAAUCUUCCAUUGAAAAUGCCAAAAAUGAUUAUUUGAAUGGUAGUGACAUCCACUCCUCAAGUACAAAGAACAGUUUUGCCGAGGCGAUUGAGCAAGAAAAUGUUGAGGAUCUUUCUAAAAGUUGCAAUGGUUUAGGUCCUCAGCGUUGUUUAGCAUCAAAUCAAGGGAAAACUAUGUCUCAGGAAAUAGAUUGUUCAGCUUGUGAUGUAGAUUGUAAUGGACAAAAUCCUCCGUCACAUGAAUUGAAGCAUGGUAGUUUCUCCAGUAAAGAAGAUACAGGUUCUCUUAACUCCGUAUGUGUUCCAGAAGCUGAUGUAAAGCCAUCUGUUCCUGACAAACUAACCAGAGAGGUUCAUGUAAAGGAAUUUGGGCUAUUGAAGGAGCGAGAUAGAUGCCUAUUUGAAUGUAGAAAUUCAGCUUUCUCGAAAUGUAGUCCAUAUGAGUGGCCUGGUGUACCUUCUGUAUAUUUUCCAUCUUUUAAUUCUCAUCUCCCUCCUGCUACUGAUAGAUUGCAUUUGGAUGUUGGGCGGAAUUGGCAUAAUCACUUUUGCCACUCAUUUGUCCCCACAUUACAGCAGGCAAGAAACACUCCUAUUGAAGGUGGACGCAACCCAAUACUGUCUCAUCCUAUUCCUAUGAGUUUAGACUGGCCUCCUGUUUUUCGUGGUGGCAUGGCUGCACCGCCAAACGGUAAUUAUGAUUCUGGUUUUAUGACCCGGCGGCAGUGUACCUUUUCAAAAGGAUUGGCUGUUCACAGCGUCCAGGUUGAUGCAACAGCUCCAGACGAUGAAAGAAAAUAUUCUGGGGAUAUAUUUGAUUUACCUGAUAUAGCAAAUGCGCAAGAGCUAGCAGAUGAAUUUGACAAUCAUUGGGUAUCAGAAGAAGAGUACGAGGUUCAUGCUGUUUCUGGAAUAGAUUAUAACCAAUAUUUCGGUGGUGGCAUAAUGUAUUGGAACUCUUCUGAUUAUCCAGGAAAUGGUUUCUCCCGGCCACCCUCUCUUAGCUCUGAUGACAGUUUAUGGGCUCUGCGUGAAGCUGAUAUGAAUAGGGCAGUGGAUGACAUGGUUGCUUUCUCAUCUUCAUAUAGUACAAAUGGUCUGACUUCACCCACUGCUGCUGCCUUUUGUUCGCCUUUUGAUCCUGUAGGGACUGGUCCUCAAACUGUCAGUUAUGUGAUGUCAAGUAAUGAAGUACCUGGAAAGAUAUUGCAUUCUUCCUCUGUUACAGAUGCUGCAGGGGAUGAAGAUACUUCUGGUUCUUUGGGUAAUAAUUUAGCUGGGGAAGUGGAAGGGAAGGCGGGUGAUUCACAUCCAUAUCCCAUUCUACGCCCAAUAAUUAUUCCUAACUUAUCAAGGGAAAGGUCAAGAUCUGACUUUAAGCGCAGUGUUGAUCAUAAAAGCCCUUGUGUUCCCCCGACAAGGCGGGAGCAGCCUCGUAUAAAGCGGCCACCAUCACCUGUAGUGCUUUGUGUUCCACGGGCUCCACGUCCACCUCCACCAUCCCCUGUGAGUGACUCCAGGAAACAAAGGGGUUUCCCUAGUGUUAGAUCUGGUAGUUCCAGCCCAAGGCAUUGGGGAAUGAGAGGUUGGUAUCAUGAUGGAAGUAAUUUGGAUGAAGCUUGCCUAAGAAUGGAUGGUGCCGAAGUUGUUUGGCCGUCUUGGAGAAGCAAUAGUCUUGCAGUGAGAUCUAUGAUUCAGCCUUUACCUGCAGCCCUUCUGCAGGACCGCCUGAUUGCUAUGUCACAGAUACCACGUGACCAGGAGCAUCCCGAUGUGACCAUUCCUUUGCAACCUCCCGAGUUACAAAGCUGUUCUGCACGGAGUUCAUCUUUGUCUUUGAUGCAUGGCCUUCUCCAUGAUGAGAUUGAUUCUUUCUGUAAACAGGUUGCUGCAGAAAAUUUGAGUAGGAGGCCUUACAUUAAUUGGGCUGUCAAGAGAGUUACUAGAUCUCUGCAGGUUCUGUGGCCAAGAUCCAGGACAAAUGUAUUUGGAUCAAAUGCAACUGGCAUGUCUCUUCCCACAAGUGAUGUUGACCUUGUGGUUGUCCUCCCUCCAGUGAGGAACCUGGAACCUAUUAAAGAAGCUGGAAUACUUGAAGGUCGUAAUGGUAUCAAAGAAACAUGUCUUCAGCAUGCAGCUAGGUAUCUUGCCAACCAGGAUUGGGUUAAGAGUGAUUCACUGAAGACAGUGGAAAACACAGCUAUACCUAUUAUUAUGCUUGUUGUGGAAGUACCUCAGGAGGUUAUAUCUUCUUCUAUGGUACAAUCAUUAAAGGAAGAACCACACUGUACUCAUAAUGAACAUGGUAAUGACAGUCAUUCUGAUGCUAUCCAAUUAGAAGAUUCAUCUUUUCCAAAUAGCUCUGGAAUAAAUUUUGAUUCCUCCAAAGAGUCCAAAUCAGUUCGACUUGACAUCAGCUUUAAGUCACCAUCACAUACGGGACUCCAAACAACAGAAAUGGUUAAGGCAUUGACAGACCAAUUUCCUGCUGCUAUUCCACUUGCUUUGGUACUGAAACAAUUUUUGGCAGACCGGAGCCUUGAUCAGUCCUACUCUGGUGGCUUAAGCUCGUAUUGUUUGGUUUUACUAAUUAUACGCUUUCUUCAGCAUGAGCACCAUCUCGGCCGGUCAAUCAACCAAAGCUAUGGAAGCCUUCUAAUGGAUUUUCUUUACUUUUUUGGGAAUGUGUUUGAUCCUCGACAAAUGCGGCUAUCAGUGCAGGGAAGUGGGCUCUACAUAAAAAGAGAAAGAGGUUGUAGUAUUGAUCCAAUACACAUAGAUGAUCCUCUUUAUCCAACAAAUAAUGUUGGAAGGAAUUGCUUCAGGAUACAUCAAUGUAUUAAGGCAUUUUCAGAAGCUUAUUCUGUUCUUGAGAAUGAACUCACAUUCCUAAACAGUGAUGGCGAAUCAUGUUCAAAGCGACCUUACAGACUGCUUCCAAAAAUCAUCCCUAAUCUUGAUGUAUCAAACUCAUAAGAUUCUCAUCUCAUGAAAGACUGGAAAAGUUAUUUUUGUCUGAAAGGUUCUUGAGUGGUGCAAGCUGUGCGGAUGUCUGGAUUGGUCUGGUAUUCUGGUUAAGCGGUAUGGACGGGAUGAAACUGAUUGCUAAGUGAAGGGUGAUAUUCUGAAGUUAAUUUCUCAUGCCUUGGCCUCCAUUCGUGGUACUAGAAGCUGAUCACUAGCUGAAGGUUGGUACUCCAAAUGCUAUAUAUUGGUGUUGCAGAAGUUGAUGAACGUUUAUUUUUUCAUGCCUUGACCUCCAAGUGCUCGGCUCUUGAACAUUUUCUUUGCAGCUGGUGCAAAGAGCAGAAGACGAUAAUCACACACAGCAGUCUCACCAUAAUUAUGAUGCAGGCAGGUUGGUCAAAGUGAAAUGUGCUGGAUUAUAUGCGACAAAAAGCACCUUCGAAACUCAAGGAUAAAUUUUUAUUGCACUGUCAUUAGACCAACUGUAUUGUAUAGAACGGAGUGUUGGAUAGUAAAGGAUGAGAAUAAACAUAAGUAAAGUAUAACCGAGAUGGGAAUAUGCCUGGAUGGAUGAGUGUUGUACAUGUAUGGACAGAAUAAGGAACAAUGAUAUAAGAGAAAAAAUUGUAGUGCAUAUUGUUGAAAAGAGAGUGAAAUUUCGACUUAGAUAAUUCGGACACGUGAGGAAAAGACCCACUUCUUAUUAGUUGGGUGGAUCGGAUGAAAUAUAGAGGUGACCAGAAGCAGAAGACUUAAAAAGAGCAUGCAUGAAGUGAUCAAGAGAGAUCUAUAUGUCAAUGGUUUUGCCACAGAUAUAAUACAUGAUAGGAUACAAUGACGACGUUUGAUUCAUAGCCGAUUUCACACCUAAUGGGAGACGUUCGAUUCAUAGCCGAUUUCACACCUAAUGGGAAUAGACUUUGUUGUUGUAAACAUAAAGCUGAAUUUAUUGUUUGCAAGACAUUGAGCUUGCUGUAAACAUAAAUGUCACCCUAGUUUGUGCAGAUGUAUGCCCGAGGUUUUUGUGCUGUUUUAAAACUGGCAGUUUCCUUCACCAUUCUGAAAAGCCAAAGCAAAUAGUAGGACAAGUUGGAUAAAGUUGAUUAGAUACAAUUAAAUUUAUUCCAGGGCAUUGAGCAGCCAAAGUGAGAUCCUUUUCAAGUAUAAUCAGAGAGAAUUGUAAUGUAUGAUGUUAUAAUUGAAUGAAAUAAUUAUAACUUGCCCAAAAAAUACUGUAUGAUGUUAUAAUUGAAUGAGUUUUCGAAGUUCUUCCUAUGUUAAUGUUAUGAAUGUA